AUGUCAGGCGGCCCAGCUGGCGGCAUGGGCGGGGGAGGGACGAGCAGGGACGGCGCGCAGAUGCACCCCGACAUGGCGUUCGAAUGGGGCUACUCGCCUCGAGCCGUGCACUCACCGUCCCGCUUCAGUCGCGACGAGGAGGCGAACCCUAAUCGGACCAAGAGCAACCUCAGCCAGCAGCGCACGCUCAGUCUCAGCGCAGCGCGACUCAGCCAAGCCGCGGCGGAUCUCGGAUUCCACGUCACCGCUUCCGCCAAUGCACCACCCGCGGCGCAAGCUGGAGCGUUCCCCGGCUUUUCCCCCGCGGCUGCUGCGGCUGCUGCAGCUGCGCUGGUAGCAGGCGGGGAUGCUGGAGGAGGGGGAGGUCUAGGGGGGGGUGUACCUGGGGGAGGUCUAGGGGAGGGUGUACCUGGGGGAGGUCUCGUUCGGGGCGGGUCGGGACUGGCAGGGUGGUCAGGAGGGGUAGCUGGUGCUGGUGGCCCUGGUCAUCUACAAUCUCUUACAGUGGAUCCGUCUAAAGCGGGGAUAUCUUCUCGCGGAGCAGGGGGGCAUGGCGUGCCGCCCUUGCCGCUGCCGUCUCCUAAAGGGAACGCCGCCGCUGCUGCCGCCGCCAACGCUGCCGCGGGCAAGCUGGGCAGCCCGAGAGGAAACUUUUCCGGGUCGCGGGCAGGCGCGCUGGGGCAUUGGCCGAGAGCCGGUUUGCCCGCGAGCAUUCAGCAGCAGCUGAUGCUGGGGGCGAUGGGCGGAGGGGCGGGCGGGGGAGCAGCAGGGGGAGGCGCAGCGGGACUCGCAGGGCUGGGGGGAAUGCCGGGCGGUUAUGCUGGCGGUGGAGGCGGCAUGGGGGCGUUGGGGAAUGUAGGGGGAGCGGGAAUGGCGGGAAUGGCAGGAAUGGGGGGAAUGGCUGGGCUUGCUGCUUUGAAUAGCAGCAGUGAUGGCAGCGGCAGUGGCGGAGGCAGUGGGAGCGGAAUACCCGGUAUGAGUCUGCAGACGCAGUUAAGCCUGCUAGCCGCUCAGCUUGACGGCCGAUUAGACGACAACAACCCCCUCUCGCGGACCAGCAGCGCGCCGCCACUUGGCGCCCUUCUCGCCAGCAUCGGUGACGUGGCAGAGCUGGAGAGGCUGUACCGAUUGCUCCCCGAUGCUAUGUCACCAGACGUCUCCCCGCACGUGGGGCUGACUCUGCCGUACCAGAGCAUAGCUCUCAUAAGGGAGCGGACGAAGCUCUCCCGCACUAGCAGUUGCCCCCCCCCUGUGGCGGAGGACAUGAGCGGGGGCGCGGGGGGCAGCGGAAUAGAGGAGCGCGGGGGCGAGGGGGAGUCGUCUGAGUCGGAGGGGGAGAGCGGGCAGCAUGGGGUGGGCGCGGGGCACAAGAGGAAGAAGCGCCGCGCGCCGGGGGGAGUGGGGGUGGGUGCUGACGCGGCGGGGCUGGGGGGAGGCGGAUUCGCGUCUGGCAGGAGUGGGGGGCCUGGCAAGAGGGAGCUCGAGGACGCGAUGGACAGCGGGACGCGUUUGGGGGCGCGCGGAGGGGGCGGGGGAGGCGCAGGGAGCGCGGGCAGCGGGGGGAGGGGAAGCGCGGGGGCGUUGGGGGGGAACCCGGGGGGCGGGUACAGCAUGCAGGGCGGGGGGAUGGGGGGGGGCAUGCAAGGGGGGGCAAUGGAGACGUCAAGCCAGGACUACAUUCAUAUGCGGGCGAGGCGAGGACAGGCCACUGACAGCCACAGUCUUGCGGAAAGGGUGCGGCGAGAGAAGAUCAGCGAUCGAAUGAAAGUGCUGCAGAGCCUCGUACCCACCUGCACCAAGGCAACAGGCAAAGCAGUGAUGCUGGAUGAGAUCAUCAACUAUGUGCGAUCGCUGCAGCUGCAGGUUGAACUGCUAUCCGCCAAGCUAGCAGCAAUAGAGCAGGACACUGCAGAGAUGGACGGCUCAGAUUCACCCGCCGACUUUUGUGCAGCCCAGAUGGCAGCACUGGGAGGGCUGCUAUCGGCCCAUCACAGCACAGCAUCGCCCAUGGCCACACCAUCAGCAUCAGCAUCAGUGUCACUGGGAGCAGCGGCCGCCCUGCACCCGGACAUGGCCUCCCUCCCCACUGACCUCGCCCGCCUCCUCCUCUCCCGCCACCUGCCCAACCUCCCCUUUGCGGGAGCCGCUGGGGGGGCGGCGGGAACAGGAGGGGGAGCAGCUGGCGGGGAGGAGAUGAGGGGAGAUGGCGGGGGAGGAAUGGGGGGAGGCGGGGGAGGAAUGGGGGGAGGCGGAGGAGGAAUGGGGGGAGGCGGAGGGGGAAUGGGGGGAGGCGCGGGGGAGGGGCUGGGGGAGCUGACAAUGGAGCAGCUGCAGGCGCAGCUGGAUGUUAUGAAUGGGCUUGUUCCAUUUCUCGACCCCCCUCCCCCUCACACCGGCCUUGAAGAGCCAAAUGGAAAGCUAGAAGUCGAUGCAGUAGGCGCUGCUUUCAGUCGGGUCCUUAUUCUCUCCUGCUCUUCCCCCCGUGCCUCCCUGCUCCUUGCACCCACUCUCUGCCUGUGGGCUGGUUGUCUUGAGAGAAUACUAGCAGCAGCAGCAGCAGCAGCAGCAGCAGCAGCAGCAGCAGCAGCAGCAAGUGGGAUGGUGGGCUUGAGAGUGCAGUGGCAGCAGCAGCUGCCAUGUGACUUUUCAGUCGACUCAAAUGCCCCCCCGUGCCCCCCAUGCUCCUCUCUCCCACCCGCUGGCAGUGGGAUGCUGGCAUGGGUGAAUGCGGCAGUGCAGCAGAUGUGGCCAGAGCUGCGCAGGGCAAGCACGGACAUGCUGAGGAGCAGUCUGAGAGGGCUGUUGGAGGGGUACCACUUCGGCACCAUCACCGGCAUUGACGUGCGGUCUGUUGACCUGGGACCCGAUCCCCCCACCAUCACUGCUGUGCGGGUGCACAGUCGAGGGCCGGACAAUGGGCAGGCGCAGAGAGACAAGCAGCGCAGCAGAGCAGCACAGGAAGAGGGCUCCGCACAGGGGGGUGGAGAGGGAGGCGGAGGAAAGGGGGAGGCAGGAGUGGUAACAGUGGCAGAGGCGAAGGAACAGGCGGAAAGGCGGAUUCGUGGUGGUGCAGAGGCACAGGUGUUGGGGAAGGGGCAGGGGGAGGGGAUGGGGCAGAGGGAGGAGCAAGGGCAGGGGGAAGGGGAGGGGCAGGGGAAGGGAGAAGGAGAGGGGGAAGGAGUCUGGGAGGAGAAGAGGGGGGGGGCAGAGGCGAAGGAGCAAGGGCAGGGGGGCGAGGGAGAAGGCGAGGGGGAGGGGGGAGGAGGAGCAGAAGGAGGAGUAGCAGAGGAAGGAGUAGCAGGGGAAGGAGUAGCAGGGGAAGGAGUAGCAGAGGAAGGAGUAGCAGACGAGGUGAUAGCAGAGGAAGGAGUAGCAGGGGAAGGAGUAGCAGGGGAAGGAGUAGCAGAGGAAGGAGUAGCAGACGAGGUGAUAGCAGAGGUGGCAGUGGAGUGGGUGGAAGGGCGGGUGCAGCAGCGCAGCAUGGGGCUGAGAGUGCAGACAGCCAUGAGCCCUGAUGUGGACGUGCGAGUGAGCAGCAUCGCUGCUGCUGCCACCCUCAAACUCACCCUCAAACCGCUGCUGCCCCGCUUACCCGGGUUCGGCGCCGUGCUGCUCUCUUUGCUCAACCAGAAGUUGAAAGGCCAAUUUCAGUGUGCUGCUGUCACUGCCCAACCAAGUGGGGCCUUCUCACUGCAUUCGCUACAUGCUGGCAGCCCUUCUUUUAGCCACUCUGCCAUUCUCUAUCCCCUUUUCCGUUCCACCCUCCGCCCGCUCGCCCUUCCCCCACUCUUACCGAGGCAGCCAUUCUUUGACUUCAAGGUGUCAGUGAUGGGAGGUAAUCUCAAGGCCAUGCCGGGAUUUGAAAAGAUGAUUGAGGUGACAUGCGCGCUCUUGCUCCCACAAGCCUUCACCACCUCUCACAUGCCUUUCACCGCUUCUCAAACGGUGCUGCGCCUGUCAAUCGACGAUUCCCUUGUGUGGCCCUCGCGAUGGGUGUACCCUGUCGUGGAGGGUGACUUCAGUUUCCUGGAGCUCAUCCCAGUGGGGUACCUAGACGUUUCACAGAUAGAGGCGGAGGGGCUCCCCAAGACAAACGUGCUGACAAGAGCUGCUGACCCGAUAUUACUCCAAACCUCCCCCUCCUUUUCACCCGCAUCCCCCGCCUUAUGUUCUUUUCACCAACACCUCCAGUUUCCUGGAGCUCACCCCAAUGGGUACCUAGACGUAUCACUGAUCGAGGCGGAGGAUCUGCCCAAGACGGACGUGCUGACAGGGCUGCAUGCCCUCCCUGCAUCACACACACAUCCCCUUGGUUCCCCCAGCUCUCCUCUCUUGUCUUCUCCCCCCUUGCUUCUGUCGUUUCCUCGACCUCACCCCAGUGGGGUACCUAGACGUGUCACUGAUCGAGGCGGAGGAUCUGCCCAAGAUUUUCCUGGAGCUCACACCAGUGGGGUAGCUAGACGUGUCGCUGAUAGAGGCGGAGGGGCUUCCAAAGACGGGCGUGCUGACCAGUGCUGCAGUCUCAUUUGCCUGGGUGCCGCCUCCUUCAUGCCCGCCUGUCCCCCUUCCUCCAGUUUCCUCGAGCUCACCCCAGUGGGGUACCUAGACGUGUCGCUGAUAGAGGCGGAGGGGUUGCCCAAGACAGACGUGCUGACAGGCGCUGCUGACCCGUUCGUGCUGCUGUAUGUGCGGCAGCGGGAGGGGGCCAUCAAGCGCAGCAGCACCGUUCACCACUCCCGCCACCCCACGUGGAAUGAGGGGUUUAUACUUGAGAUGUUCCCCACAUACCCACUGUAUGUCCCUGUUGCUCUGCUCUAUCCUGCUGCCCCUUACAACCGACUUCUCACGCUUUCUCCCUCUCCCCCACCACCAUGCGAGCAGGUGGAGGAUCCGGACUCACAGCAGCUGACGAUCAGGCUGAUGGACAGCGAGCGGUUUGAGAAGUCGGAGUUCAUAGGAGCGCACAUGGUGCCGCUCCACACGGUACGAGCGCACAUGGUGCCGCUCCACACGCUGCACCCCAACAAGGCACAAGACCUGUGGCUCGACCUGUACGAUAAGCCCGAGACUCCUGAGAGUGCGAGCACACACGGGCGCGUGCAUGUGGUGGUGAUGUUUGUGCCGUACACGCAGCGAGAGGGGGGAGGGGAGAGUGCUGCAGAGGGGAAGGAGGGAGAAGUUAGUGCAGUUGGGGAGGAGAGAAGGAGUGAGGUGGAAGCAGAACAGAAAAGGCCGGACAGCAUAGGGGAUGGGGGAAGAGCAGGAGGUUAG